AUUGUGGUAUGCCGCAAAUGUUCACGAAACCCCAAACAAGAAUAGUAGGAGGAAAAAAUGCUCUUUUUGGCAGGUGGCCUUGGCAGUCAACCUAUAACACUCGCUCCUCUCACUUGAUCUCGCUUCCAAUUCCCUCCUCAACCUUAACUCGGAACUCUUUAAUUUUUGAGGGCAAGAAAAUUCUCAAUCACCUUCCCCUAACCUUGCGUGUCAUCAAAAGCGAAGUCAAGUUCAGAAAAUCUGUAAAAACGCUCAUAGUUGGGAGGGCCUACUAUACUCUUCGAGUUGGCGAGUACGACUUCUCCAGCGUCCAAGAAACAUUGCCCUAUACGGAGAGAGGUGUCGCCAAAAAAGUAGUUCACCCUAAGUACAACUACUUCACUUACGAGUACGACCUAGCUCUAGUACGAGUAGAUAAACCCUUCGAGUACCAGCCACACAUAUCCCCGAUUUGUCUGCCUGCUUCGGAUGAUCUACUCAUCGGGGAGAAUGCCACUGUAACAGGUUGGGGCAGACUCAGCGAAGGGGGGACGUUGCCUUCAAUUCUGCAAGAGGUUCAAGUUCCUAUAGUUAGCAACGACCGCUGUAAAAGUAUGUUUCUGAGAGCCGGAAGACACGAGUCCAUUCCAGAUAUCUUCCUGUGUGCCGGACACGACGGCGGAGGUCAGGAUUCCUGUCAAGGGGAUUCCGGAGGACCCUUACAAGUAAAGGGCAGAGACGGGCGGUACUUCCUUGCAGGAAUCAUUUCCUGGGGGAUCGGCUGUGCGGAAGCGAAUCUACCAGGAGUUUGUACCAGAAUUUCGAAGUUUGUUCCAUGGAUCCUGAAAAAUGUAACUUGAUAUUCAAUCGUCCAUUUUCGAAGCUAAGAAAUAUUCAAAUUUUGUGAAAGUCAUGUGAGAAAACUUUCGAGAAGCUUUCAUAUUCUUUCAUCGCACCAAAUGACUGGUGCGAAUCUAUCAUUCCAUUCGAUAACAUUCCGUUCAGUCAAUUACAAUUUCUAAAAAUGAAUAAUCCAAGAUGAACUCAGUAGUCAAAAUAUAUGGAGGGCUUUCACGGCCAAGGUUGUCACUAUUUUUUGAGUUCGGAGGUUGUCUAUUUUUGGAGUUUCUUCCUGACAUUUCGCAGGCGCAUGUAGCUUCUUCAGAGGCUUGAGAUCAUACAGUCAUCGAAUAUAAACUCAGGAUGUAUAAACCUCUGAAGAAGCUAGCCACUCACGCUGGCGAAACGUCAGGAAGGAAUUCCAUAAAUGGAUGACCUUCAAAGCAAAAAAAUAGUGACACAUAUAUGAAAAUUCUAAAUCAUAUCAUGAGAUUUGAUUUCCUGAAAUUACGUAAUUCAGCAGAUUAGCAUAAUUUUUUCAAUCAGACAUUGAAUAUAGCACUUUUUUGUAAAAAAUGUAUAUUUUGUAAUAUGUGAACAUAUAAUACUGACUUAUAUAAUAUGUAACUGAAAAAAAUGGUAAACCAUUUUGACUAGGUAAUGUUAAUAUGUUUAGCA